CGUCGCCACCGUAAGUGAGCAUAAAGAGUUGGCUGUUCCUUAUAAACCGUCUCAACAUCUCCUCUCCUUCUCGACUCACCAUCCCCUCUUCUUUUCGUCUCGUCAUUCUCUCUUCUUCCCCGCCAUCCUGCCCUAUCUCACGCACAAUGGCGUCCAUCAACGAGGAUAAGAAGCAGGACUCCAUCGCCUCGAAACUCGAAAACGCGGAUGAGAAGGUCGGCACGAUCGUCGUUGAGAAUGUCAAUGGCGAUGCCGCCCCCCGCGAAGUCCAGGCCGCAGACGGCGACGAUGCCCUCAGGCUGGUCGGAACACACGCCCACCAGUUCGAUGAGGCCUACUACAAGCGGCUAAGAUUGAAAAUCGACCUUCACAUCAUGCCGCUCCUCUGCUUCAUAUACUUCACCCAGUUCACCGACAAGAACAUUUUAAGCUAUUCAAGCAUCAUGGGAUUUCCAGUCAAGGGAAUACAAUAUAACACAGUUGCUCAAGCCUUUUACGUUGGGUACCUUGUCUGGAUGUUUCCCGCGCAAUACAUAGGACAACGCUUUCCGAUUGCCAAAUACCUGGGCGUCAACAUCAUUCUGUGGGGCUGCCUGGUCAUGCUCACAGCGGUGUGCAAGAAUUUCUCGGGCUUCUAUGCGCUCCGGUUCUUUCUUGGGACCUUGGAGGCUUGCGUCGCUCCCUGCUUGAUCUUGAUCGUCUCGAUGUGGUACAAACAGAACGAGCGCGCAAGUAGAAUUGCCUGGUUCUACGUUGGAAACCUUCUCAGCUCUGUCGUGGGAGGUGCCUCCUCGUAUGGAAUAACCUUCUACCACGGACAAAUCGCGUCCUGGCAGCUGUUAUAUAUCGUCUUGGGCGCUCUUGCGAUUGUCUGCGGUCUUCUGGUCAUCUUCUACCUACCCAGCUCGGCCGCGACUGCAAGGUUCCUCUCGGACGAAGAGAAGAUCGCAGCAUUGGAGCGGAUUCGGCUCGACCAAGGCGGCACGCACAACAAACACAUCAAGAAGUACCAGAUCCGCGAAGCGUUCACGGACAUUCGCACCUGGAUCAUGGCUCUGAUUAUAUUGUGUUUGGGCAUUCCAAAUGGAGGGAAUUCAGCCUUCAACAACUUGAUCCAAGAAGGGCUUGGCUUUUCAGAGAGGACCACUCUCCUGCUUGAUAUGCCCAGGGCAGCCAUCGGCGGAGUGGCCGUCGUGGGGGUGGGAUGGUUGUCCGACCGCUACAAAGAUCGAAUGAGUCUGGUUCUACUCACCAGUUUGCCAACUUUGAUUGGCAUGAUCAUCUUGACCACAAUGCAAAAUUCUGGAAAGAAGGGAGUUCUCGAAUUCGGACUUCUGAUACAGAACCUCUCGGCGCCGACGUUCCCCUUGUGUUACGCAUGGAACUCCUCGAAUACCGGAGGAUACACGAAGAAGAACACGAUCAAUGCGUUCACACUGUUCACGUUUGGAGUCGGAUCUGUCGUCGGCACCUACAUCUUUCUCCCUCAGGACGCCCCUGGUUACAUUCCGGGUAAGGCCGCAAUUGGCAUUUUGACGGGCGUUCUCAUGUGUGCCGCUGCCAUAAUGGCUUACAUCAACGUCCGCUGGAACCGACAGAAGAAAGUUGCUCUCCAACAACUGAUCCUCGACAACGGGUGGAGUGAGGAAGAGGUGCAGCACCAGGCGGAAAAGGCGGCGUUCCUCGAUUUGACGGACAAGGAGAAUGUGUUCUUCACGUACACGAGAUGAUGGGAUGUAUGUAGAGUGUCUCUUGGUGUUGAACGCAAUGCAAAAUGGACA